UUUUCAACAAUAAAUUUAGAAGAGAAUUAAUUUUUUGUAUUCAUUAUACAACUUAAUUAAAUUUCGUCAUAUUUUUUACAUGUUUAUUAAACAAGUUUCUUCAAUAACUUUUUGUUGUAAAUUUUUGCGCAAACCGCCUGUUCUACUGACACAUCGCAGCAAAAGCCAUUUAAUUCAACUUUUGUCAACAAGCCAUCUUCAGUCGGUAGGUUUCAACCAAAGCAUCAGCAGAGGAAUGAGUAGUAAAAGUACUGCCGAAUUUGCAACUGCUGCAGGAGAGUCCAGGGCGAAUAAGAUGCCUUCUAAGAGCGCUUUGGAUUUAGAGCCAAUAUUAAGGCUAAACAACAUAACAAAGAGUCAACAGGAUACCCGCGACUAUAGAGGAUUACAAUUGCAGAAUGGGAUUAAAGUGUUACUUAUUAGUGAUACUAAAACCGAUGUUUCAGCUGCUGCCUUAGCAGUACAAGUCGGCCACAUGUCGGAUCCAGAUAAUUUGCCGGGCUUAGCUCAUUUUUGUGAGCACAUGCUUUUUCUGGGAACAGAAAAGUAUCCUCACGAAAAUGGCUAUACAACGUAUCUCUCUCAGAGUGGUGGCAGUAGUAAUGCUGCUACUUAUCCCCUCAUGACUAAAUAUCAUUUCUAUGUGGCACCUGAAAAGUUGGAUGAGGCUCUAGAUCGUUUUGCACAAUUUUUUAUUGGACCACUUUUUACACCCAGUGCUACGGAACGAGAAAUUAAUGCGGUUAAUUCGGAGCAUGAAAAAAACCUUUCAAGUGAUGUGUGGCGCAUUAAACAGGUUCAAAGGCAUUUGGCAAAACCGGGUCAUGCUUACAAGAAGUUCGGCAGUGGUAAUAAGACAACACUUUACGAAAUCCCAAAACAACACAAUAUUGAAGUACGAGAUGAAUUACUAAAGUUCCAUAAGCAGUGGUAUUCGUCCAACAUUAUGAGUUUGGCGGUUAUUGGAAAAGAGACCUUAGAUGAAUUGGAAAAUAUGGUAAUGGAAAAGUUUUCAGAAAUUGAAAAUAAAAAUGUGGAAAUUCCACAUUGGCCCAGAGAGCCAUACGAUAGCGAACAAUAUGGACAAAAGGUUAUGAUUGUACCAGUUAAAGAUCUGCGUUCACUUACAAUUAGUUUCACCACAGACGACCUUACACAAUUUUAUAAAUCUGCCCCGGACAGUUAUUUAUCACAUUUGUUGGGACAUGAAGGCAAGGGCAGCUUAUUAUCAGAAUUGCGACGAUUGGGAUGGUGCAAUGAUUUUCUAGCAGGUCACCAGAAUACUUUAAAUGGAUUUGGUUUCUUUGAAAUUUCCAUAGAUCUAACUCAGGAAGGAAUUGAUCAUGUUGAUGACAUAACUGAAAUAGUCUUUCAAUAUCUAAGAAUGUUACGUGAGCGUGGACCACAAAAAUGGAUAUUUGAUGAGUGUGUUAAGAUUAAUGAAAUGCGCUUUGGCUUCAAGGAAAAAGAAAAACCGGAACGUUUAGUUACUGGUGUGGUAUCAUGUAUGCAGGUAUAUCCCUUGGACCAAGUGCUAACUGCUCCAUAUCUAAAUGAUGAGUGGAGACCUGAUCUGAUUACUAAACUUCUUGAUGAGUUGGUACCCUCUAAAUGUCGUGUUGUAGUUGUUGGGCAGAACUAUGAAAAAGAAGCCAAUUUAACCGAGCCCCAUUAUAAAACUAAAUAUGGAACCUGUAAAAUUGAUAAAGACACCCUAAAGAAAUGGGAGAAUUGUGAAUUAAAUGAAAACCUAAACUUGCCCUUGCCAAACGCCUUUAUACCAGAAAAUUUUGAAUUGGCUCCAUUUGAUACGGAUUUAUCAAAGCACCCCGUGAUUGUUAUGGAUACACCCAUUUUAAGGGUGUGGCAUAAACAGGAUAAUUUUUAUUUGAAACCAAAAGCCUGUAUGUCUUUUGAUAUGUCAAAUCCAAUCGCUUAUUUGGACCCCUUGAAUUGCAAUUUAAAUUAUUUAAUGGUUGCCCUAAUAAGAGAUCAAUUGAAUGAAUAUCUCUAUGAUGCAGACUUGGCAGACUUGAAACUUCAAGUUUCUCCCCGCUCGAAUGGAAUUGAUUUUACAAUAUCAGGUUACAACGACAAACAAGUCGUGCUAUUGAAGAAACUUCUUGAUCAUUUGUUCGACUUCAACGUCGAUGAAAAGCGUUUCCAUAUACUUAAAGAUGAAUACAAACGUUCUCUCAAAAAUUUUAGUGCUGAACAACCCUACCAACAUUCAAUUUACUAUUUGGCUCUGCUAUUAACUGAGAAUGCUUGGGCAAAUAGUGAACUUCUCGAUGCUAUGGAACUUGUUACGUUUGAUCGUGUUCUCAGCUAUGCUAAAGAGUUUUUCUCCCGCCUACACACUGAAUGUUUUAUUUAUGGAAAUGUAACAAAACAACAAGCUCUGGAUAUAUCUGGCAUGGUAAAUAAACGCUUGGAAGGAACAAAUGCAAUGGUGCUGCCUCUGCUUGCCCGACAGAUGCUUGGCAAAAGAGAAUACAAAUUAUGUGCCGGCGACAGUUAUUUGUUCGAAAAGGAUAACAAUUACCACAAGAGUUCUUGUGCUCAAUUGUACUUUCAAUGUGGACCCCAAACAGAUCGUAGCAAUAUUAUGGUCAAUUUAAUAGCACAAAUUUUAACGGAACCCUGCUAUGACUGCUUGCGUACUAAGGAACAAUUGGGCUAUAUUGUGUUUAGUGGCAUGCGCAAGGUCAAUGGAGCAAAUGGUAUACGCAUUAUUGUACAAUCAACUAAACACCCAUCCUAUGUGGAGGGUCGUAUUGAAACUUUUCUCGAAACAUAUUUGACAGCAAUUGAGAAAAUGUCCCAAGAGGAGUUUGAUCGGCAUAAAGAGGCAUUGGUAGUGAAAAAACUGGAGAAACCAAAAACAGUAAAUUCACAAUUUAGUAUGUUUUAUAGUGAAAUUGCAUUGUCGCAAUAUCAUUUCGAACGCAGUGAAGCUGAAGUUGAUAUUCUGCGUACUAUAACAAAAGAGGAAUUACUUGAAUGCUAUAAAACUUUUAUAGGGCGUGACAGUCCGGAAAGACGCGUACUCGCUGUUCAUAUAGUCUCAAAGCAGAGUCCACAGGAUGACAACAAGGACGUUGAAAAACCAACGGAAGAUGACAAUGUAAUUGCCCUAUUGGAACGACAUGCUAAAAUCACAGACUUGGUUGCAUUCAAAUCAAGCAAAGAACUUUAUCCCUUAUGUUCACCAUUCCUUGACAUAAGAGCCAAAGGAGCACGCAGCAAAUUAUAAAUUAAGUACAAUACGAUGCUUUAAAAAUAUUUUAAAAAUAGUAAUAUUUGUUAAAAAAAAAAAUACAAAAAAAAAAUUAAUUAAUUAACACUUUUCUUUAAUAAAGAACAUAUUAAAGAAACAUUUAAA